UGCGUUUCUUUCUCCUUCUUUGUGUUGUGAUGUGCAGGGAGGGCUUGUGGUAUGGCUGUGGAGGGGCAUCUGGGCCUCAACGACUUAGAAGUAAGCAGAGCAUUAUGAGAGGGUCUAGGCUGGGGCUGUGUGGCAAAGGAGCAGAGUGUAGAUUUGUACUCAGAGGGAGACAGUAGCUGGACCCAGAUUAGAGCUGCUUUGAUGAGGGAGGAAGGUCAGGCCAGCGGUGGCUCAGCUUAGCCCAGCACUCCCUUCACCCCCACCUAAAGAGAGAGGUGACUUCCAGGAUGAGGGUGCCAGGGUAGGAGCCAAGAUAAGACUGUCUCUCAAAGGCAAUGCAGGGUGAGAGCCACCACCUGAGGGUCAAGAGUGGUAGGUUAGGGAGAAAGGAAGCAGUUUGGCAGUAAGGUGGCAGGCUAUGGCUGCCCUCUGACUACAUGACAGUAGGCUUCUAUCUAGUCACCUACCCUCCUAGAGCCACCCAGUUAGUUAUGUACCCUCUACCAUGUAGUGGUGGGCUACCUUUCCUUGUCUCAUGCUGGCUGGCAAACACCACAUUGUGAUAGCUGAAGCCCCUCCCCCAAGGAGUUUGGUGAAAUACUUGGGACCUGCGUGUGUUCCAUAGGCUUUCCCAAGUGCCUGUUCCGUGGACUGGCAUAGGCCAGCAGAUUGAGGAAACAGCAUGACUUGGAGCUGAGCCUUGCCCUGUUUGUGUAGAGUAGUUCGCAGUAUGGAGACAGGCUCCACCAAGCAUGUAUGCAGUGGCCCUUUAAGGGCCAGUAAUGCCAAUUCAUAGCUGAUACCCUGUUGAAAUUCAGGUGUGCUGAGGAGGCUGGCUGGUCUGUAAGCAUAUCAGAGCCUCACAGAACAGAGGUGCUGGGUGUGGCCUCAGAGGCUGGAAAGAAGCAGCUUAGCAACCACUGGGCCCAAUCUUAUUUUCCAAACAUGUAGUUCAAAGCUGAGACCUGCAGCAGGGCAACGACUGUCUUGGUGACUUGCCCACUUCUUCACCUCAUUCCCGGCCAUCAGCCCCACUGCUGGCCUGUGUUUAGGCCUCUUCCCUUAGGCUUGUAUUGGGACACCUAUCCCUUGGCUGUUCUCUGCUCCAGCACUGUGGGCCCGGGGCAGAGAGAAUCAGCCGAGGUUCAUCUGUUUGGUGGACACUUGGGCCAUCCCAGCAGGAAUGGAGCUGCUUCAGCCAUUGCGCCUUCCUUCCAAUUCACAUAGACUGUGUAUCUGCAAUUGGGUCACUUCCCGCUGUUAGCUCCACCCUCACUGAGCAGCCACCCUUAUCCUAUGUGCUGGCCUCUCUCACAGAGAUUCUUUUGGUAACUGGGUCUCUGCUUCUGGCUCUUAAAACCUGUUCUUCACCCAGCAGCCAUUCAGUACCAGUCAAGUCUGUCCAUCUGCUCAGAACCUUCCACGGGCCUCCUGCCUCAUGAGUACUGUAACUUUCCGCUUAUUCCACCCAGCUAAUACUGGCCUCUGGCACAGAGGCGCCAACCUCAGGACCUUUGGAUUUCUUCCAUAGCCUAGAACUCUUCUCUUAACAGGACUCUAUCCUCCCUCCUUCUGUGGCCUCUCACCCUCAAAUUCAGUCCUGCCCACGCCCAGACCGCCUGCCCUUUGUCUACCCAGGAUUCCCCUCUUCAGCCCAUACCACUUUCUAACAGGUUACCCAUGGUCUCAUGCUAGGGUGGACAUUUAAUGAAAGCCAGGCCUUUGCCUUUCUCUCCUGGAACCACACGGCUCUUGCAUAAGAGCUGUUCAGUUAGAGUGAGUGAGUGCACACGGUCUGUUCCCAUUGCCACAGCUCUGACCUUGUUGUUCUGGUCCCUCUGUUUAAUGUGUAGCCCAGGGAUCACACAUAUGCACCAUGCUUGUCUCAUCUCUUUUGUUAGCAUUAACUGGCUUUAGGGUGGAGGAUCUGAAGAUAGGACUUGAAUGGUCUGGGGCAGAGGGGCUGCCCAGAGGCCCCCUGGGGUUAUGCAUCUGAGCGUUGAGCUGUAUUACUGGCCUCCAUAGCCACCUCUGUGCUUGUCUAGUGUCAAGGUAGGACUGGGCUGGGGCUGGCCACACAGAGCUGGUUCCUAGUACCAGGGCCCAAGGUCAUGGAAGGAACCCUUCCUGAGCCCUAACAUGAGGAACAUGGCCUUGUGCCUUCCCUAGGGGAGGAGCCUUGCCUUCCUAGAAUAGAAGGGCGGGGUUUAUUCAUCCCUCCCUCAGGGCUCACGGCCUGCUCUCCACGUCUUCCAACCUCUGCUCCCCUUCCAGAGUGCAGCCUUCUUGCCUCUGCUCUUUGCUGUUGGCCCACGUAGGCCCAGACCAUCUGUCUCCUCCCCUCUGCUCCACAUGGCAGCACACGCCAAAGAUGAGUCAAGGACCUACCCUCCUCUCCUGCGGAAUUAUGGAAAAUGACAGAUGGCGAGACCUGGAUAGAAAAUGCCCUCUUCAGAUUGACCAGCCAAGCGCCAGCAUCUGGGAAUGUCUGCCUGAAAAGUGUCAGGAUGGCUCUCUGUGGCACCAGGAGGCGGUGACUGCCUGUGCAGUGACCAGUCUAAUCAAAGACCUCAACAUAAAUGACCACAAUGGGAACCCCUCAGCUCCUCCCAGUAAACGCCAGUGCCGGUCACUAUCCUUCUCUGAUGAGAUGUCCAGUUGCCGGACGUCAUGGCGGCCCUUGGGGUCCAAAGUCUGGACUCCCGUGGAGAAGAGACGAUGCUACAGCGGAGGCAGUGUCCAGCGCUACUCCAAUGGUGUCAGCCCCAUGCAGCGGAGCUCUAGCUUCAGCCUCCCUGCCCGGGCUAAUGGGCUCUCUUCACCUUGCCACCAGUCAAGCCUGCACCACCGCUUUGGGGGACAACCCUGCCGAGGAGCGCCAGGCUCCGCCCCUUGUGGGCGGGUGGGGGAUAGCUGGAGCCCAGACCCACACCCUGUGGGAGGGGGCCGGCUGGACCUGCAAAGGUCUCUCUCCUGCUCACAUGAGCAGUUUUCCUUCCCAGAAUACUGUCCCCCCUCAGCCAACAGCACACCUGCCUCAACGCCAGAGCUGGCAAGACGCUCCAGUGGGCUUGCCCGCAGCCGCUCCCAGCCGUGUGUCCUUAAUGACAAGAAGAUCGGUGUGAAACGGCGGCGUCCAGACGAAGUGCAGGAGCAAAGACCUUCGCUAGACCUUGCCAAGAUGGCACAGAACUGUCAGACCUUCAGCAGCCUCAGUUGCCUGAACAUGGGGGUGGACGAGCACAGCUCUCAGAGCCCCUUUGCCCUCGUCAGCAGUACCCGAUCCUGGACCGCAUUGCUCUCAGCCUCCAGCCCAGGGGGCAGGACUCCCGCUGGGACCCCAGUUCCUGAGCCUGUUCCGGAGCCUGUCCCCCACUCCUUUGAUGACCAGUUUACGGGCCAGGAGGACCUAUCCUGUGAUGAGUCAGAUGGCUGCAGUCUGGAUGAGGAUUGCUGCAGGAAGGGGGAGCCGGCCACAGCCUGGCGGGACAGGGGAGCCUGCAGGAACAGCCUCUGCUCUCUGGACGGCGAGCUGGACAUUGAGCAGAUAGAGAACAACUGAGGGCCAUGGCCAUGGUCUGGGGAGGAGGCUUUCCUCUAGGCACUCCAGAGGGGCUCCUGGCUCCUGGGUCUGGCAAAAGCUCCCCGAAAAAGGAGCCCAGCCAUUUUCCAAGGAACCAGCCAGCACCCUGCAGUGCCCAAAUUUGUGAAGGCAACUUGGCUACACCUCACAGGCAGCAGCUGGCCUCCCACCAGUUCCAUGGAACUACUGUAGCCUAAAAACAGGUUUUCGGUUUGGUCUCCUCCUCUUUGCUCCUUAUGGAGUGCUGGGUAGCCACUCUCCAGCAGGGCUGGGCCAGCUGCAUCCUUCAAGCAGGGUGCUAGGGACCUGAGCACCCUUAUAGCCCCGCUCAGGUUCCUCCUGAGGAGUUACCCAAAGCCUCCUUUAUUUAGUUUACUCCGUGCCUUCUCUCCCAGGUCUCCCUGGCCCAGGCUUGGAAAGGUUCGGGAGACACCUCUUGUAGUGACAGCAGACCGUGUGGCCUUAAUCCAUUUGGGGCACUGGCAGGGAUUCUGGGAUAAUCCAUGUCCCAUUUUUCGGGAUCAGGGGAUAGGUUAGGGAUGACCAGAAGCCAUCCAUACUGGGUAGGCAUUCAGUGGUUGUGUUGACUGAAAGGUGGGCCUGUCAGCUCUCCCACGGCACCAAGAAUCACCCACAUCUCUGCCACCUCAGGGGCUGCCUUGGCAAGGCUGGCAUUGGUAGCCUUCCUACUGUCUCCAGUCCCUGAGUGCUGAGCUCAGUGGAUUCAGUUAUGUAUAGAGAUGUCAGUGACAAGAUGACCUCUUCAUAGUGUCCUCAGGAUCUACAGGCAGGUGCAGGAGUCUUGGCCCUGUGUACAUUCCUGGGCAGAGGGGUGUCUGCUGCAUGCUUGCCGGCUAGCCACUCUGCAGGCUUCCCUCUGUAGCAGUCAUGUUGGGGGCCUGGAAGCCUCCGCUGCAUUCCUGGCACAUGGUUGCUUGUUCACAGACACUGCUGGCUUUAAUGAAAGCAUACCGCCAUUGGCUUCAAGACACCCCAUCCCACCCCCCAGUCCACUGAUGUGAGCCCAGCCCUGAGGCUCUCCUCUGCAGGCCCAGCCACAGCAUGGCUUGAAUCACACUCCUGCGUGCAGCUCCUCACUCCCAGCGUAAUUCCCAGAGGGCAUCCAUUCAGGCAGCUCCCUCAGUCCUCCCUGCAGACAUGCUACAGGGCUCUGCACUUUGGGACUCUGGCUUUUAGCAAACUUGGCAUCUUCUGCAGACAAUAGCAAGUGGGCUGGCUUACACAAGUGGCUUGUUUUCCCAUACGGCUAAAAGUAACUGGUGCAUUCUCUUGGGUUCUCGGACAUGUGAUCUAGGCACGUUUGUAGUUGCUCUGCUGUGCCUACCCUCGAGGUUUCAUCCUCUGCUGGCUGAGCCCAAAUGGUUGUUACCUUUCUCCUAAAGACCUCAGUGGGAAUCCUUUGUUUAAACUUUAAUUUGUCUAUUCACCAGAAGAACAGAGGCUCAAGUUCUGAUGUAUAGGCAACAUUUCUUUAAAAUCAGACCCAAAGGUACAGAAAGCCCCGCACUCCAAUAACCCCAGGUCAGGUAGCCUGGUGAGUACAUGUGGUGGUGGUAGGGGGUCCAGAUGGCCUAGGGGGCACUAAAAAGGCAAAGUAGAAAGCUAGUGAAUGCAUGACAUAGAACCCUGCCGGGUGGGUCACAGAGGGAGGUAGUUAAGAGGGUGUGGGGUGUAUACACCAGUGCCCUGUUCCCCAGAGAGCCCACAGUGGAUGAUUUUGUUAUCUGAAAUAACUUCAUCAUGCUUAAAGCCAUCCCCAAGGAAAAGAGAGGCUGGGCCCUGUCCCCUGGUCUGCUUCACAUAGCCUGCUAAGGCCAAAGCAUAGGCCGGUUGCCAGCUGCCUCCCCUGGGGACUGGGGCCAGGGGCUCCUGGUGGCAGGUGUGUGUCCUAAGGCUGUUGCGUGGAUGACUUAAUCUUAGACUAGGUCCCUUGAGCCUGGUGGCUGAAGGACAAACAGGAACUUGCUGAGUGACAGCUUAUCUUUCCUUCCUGCCUCUAGGAGACUGUUCCCCUGGGCAGAAAUGUUCCAAACCUGGGGUAGGCAUUGGCCCUUUCUAACUUCCUCAGGCUUCUCUUGACUGCCCCUGUCUGGCUAAGGCCUCAGCCCAAGCCCCCAGCAAAAGCAGCCAGAAAAGAUGGCGGUAGCUUUUCUGUCCAGUGUGUUCAUUUGCUGAUGUUCUUUUCAUCAAGCAAAGCAGAUUUUGUCUAAAAGGUUUCUAGUCACUAUUAGCAGUCACGUGACCCAGACAAGACCCACUCAUGGACCCCACUCACUGGCCCCUCACCUCUCGUCUUGGAUAUCCUAGAGGAAGGUUCACCUGAGAGGUCGCCCUGGCUCCCAUAUACUCGGCACCACAGGCAGCAGGCAGACUGGCUUGCCUCACUGGGAUCCCUGGCUUCAGUGCAGGCAACAGCAAAUGCCAUCCCCUCGAGAGGCUGAGGGUGGGCUUGUUCGCUCACUCGUCCAGGCAGCCUGAAGGUCCAGAGCAUCCACCGAAGCCAACUGGGACCCAACAGGGCCUCUGAGCACAUGACUCCCGGUCACUCCAGAGGCCGCCACCGACACAGUUGCUGGGAACCUGACCUGAGUUCAGGGCAGCAGCCUAGACAGUUUACAUGACUGCCCACUCUUGCCUUACUCAUGCGUGGUGAAGGUAAAAGCUGGCCAGCACCUCGGCCUCCAGUAGGCCUGUAACUUGCUCUGCCCACACAUGCAGAUGCAUAUUCUCAGAAAGCCUUACUUUAAAAAAUUUUUUUUUUCUUUUUGUAGCAGGGAAGUUUUCUAAAUUUGUAUGCAGGAAGAAAAGUUAAAUAAAAGAAAGGUCCACAUUAAACAGGAAAUGCCCCCACCCCAAUUUCUAGAUGAGUCUCCUAUGCAGAUCAAUGGCCAUACUUUUUUAUGGGUUCAUUCAAUGUCCACAGCAGUUAGAACUCACCCCUGGAUCCUGCACCCCAUUUCCACUGAUGUGGUUAAAAUUACUUGAAUGAUGGCCACUUAAAAAUAUAAGCCAGGUGCCAGGGCUCAGGGACCCUCUGCCCAUACAGCCCCUGAUGCUGCUCCUUGCCAUACCCAUGCCACUGGUCCAGCCCCGCCCCGCCCCGCCCCACCCCGCCCCCCAGUGCUACCCUGAAGGAGGAAGGGAAAGAUACUUUAAAUUGCAGGCUGUUGGGGCUCUUUAGGCUAGGUAGGGUAGCCUGACAGUAGCAUAGUCUCAUUGGCAAAUGAAGUGCGUUGUCAGUGUUGCGGGGGUGCCCAGGGGUCAGGGACAGAUGGGCCUGCAGGCUGUGCUAGGGCCACGUGUGCUCAGCGGUACUGUUUCAGGCAGUGUGGUGAACGGAGGGUGCGGUGGUCAGGCCCCCACCAGGACGGCAGCCCAUGCUGGGUCUUCUCACUAGCACCGCACACCACUGCCUGCCUUCCCCCACAGGCCGCGACUGUCUUGCACUACAGCCGCUCUAGUCUCAGGAAUUUGCUUGUUACUUUUACUGUGUAAAUAAAGCUUCCUGGUUCAACACCCA